AUUUAUUCAAUUCCUCUUUAAGGACCUCUAUUGUCUUUAUAUAGUUGGUGUUAAGGCCUUCUUCUUGUCCUUUGGCCAUGUUGGAAUACCUAGGGCCUGCUGUGCUAGGAUAGCUGGAUUCUGGUGGAGACUUAUUUCCCUGGCUGCUAUUGAGUAUGUUUUUAUACUAUCAUCUAGGCAUCCAGGUUUGAGAUGAUUAUAGGUCUAGGUCUUGAUUCCUGGGUUUGUUAAGUUGCAUGGGUAUUAUAUUCUUUGGUUGUUGUUCCCUUUUGGGGCUUUUCCAUAGUGUGAUACCUGCAUGUUGCCUGAUUUAUUGGUCUGCUAUGCUUGUGUUCAUAGGGAAUGCCUGCUGGUGUUGGUGGCUGGGCUGUAGCAAAGGGUUGGGGGAAGAAGGAGGGUUGGAGAGGAUGGUCUGUGGGAUUCACAAGAGGGCAGGAGGAAGUGAGGCUUCAGCUGGUGAUCUGUUGGAGCACAAGCCAUAAGAGAUUUAGUCUCAGAGAACAGAUCAUACCUCUGCCUUUUAUGCUCUUCCUGCCACAUCAUUCACAAUGAUCCCUGAGACUUAGGAGGGGAUUGAGCUAUAUAUGUUGUUUUAACACUGAGCAUUUCUAGUCACUUAUUCUUUACACCUUGGCCAGAUAUAUAUCACCAUGUCAAUUACAAUCUACUUCAAUUAGAAGCAUGUAAGUUGAGGGAUGGGAGUUCCAUUGACCUAUGGAUAUAAUGAAUGGAGUGACCUAUAAUGAUGUGCAUAUCGACUUCACUUGGGAAGAGUGGACUUUGCUGGAUCUUUCCCAGAAGAAUCUCUACAAAGAUGUGAUGCUGGAGACCUAUUGGAACCUUCUUACUAUAGGAUACAGUUGGGAAGACCAUAAUAUUGAAGAACAUUGUCAAAGUUCUAGAAGACAUGAAAGGCAAGAAAGAAGUCAAACUGGAAAGAUACCUUCAAUAUAUACUCAAUGUAUUAAAGCUUUUGAACAUCACAGUACUCUUCAAAUGCAUGAAAAAACACAUACUAGAGAGAAUCCCUAUGAAUGUAAUCAAUAUGGUAAACCCUAUGCAUGUUACAAAAGUCUUCAAAUGCAUCAAAGAACACGUAUUGGAAAGAAACCCUAUGAAUGUAAUCAGUGUGAUAAAGUCUUUGCACAACUCAAUGUUCUUUAUAUACAUCAAAGAGCACACACCAGAAAGAAACCCUAUGAAUGUAAUCAGUGUGAUAAAGCCUUUUCACAACCCAAUUUUCUUCAAAUACAUCAAAGAACACACACUGGAGAGAAACCCUUUGAAUGUAAUCAGUGUGGUAAAGCUUUUGCUUAUGUCAGUAAUCUUAAUGUGCAUAAAAGAACACAUACUGGAGAGAAACCCUAUAAAUGUAAUCACUGUGAUAAAGCCUUUGCACGACAGAGUCAUCUUCAAAGGCAUCAGAGGAAACAUCCUGGCGUGAAACCCUAUGGAUGUAAGCAGUGUGGUGAAGCCUUUGAAUGUCACAGUCAUCUUCAAGUGCAUAAAAGAACACAUAUUGGAGAGUUAAGUUAUGAAUGUAAUGAGUGUGGUAAAGCCUUUGUAUGUCCAAGUCAUCUGCAAAUACAUCAAAGAACACAUACUGGAGAGAAACCCUAUGAAUGCAAUGAGUGUGGUAAAGCCUUUGCAUCUCGUGGUCAUCUUCAAACACAUAAAAGAGUCCAUACUGGAGAGAAACCCUAUGAAUGUAAUCAGUGUGGUAAAGCCUAUGCAUAUGUCAAUGCUCUUCAAAUUCAUAAAAGAAUACAUACUGGAGAGAAACCCUAUGAAUGUAAUCAAUGUGAUAAAGCUUUUGCGUGCCAGAAAAGUCUUCAAAUGCAUCAAAGAACACAUACUGGAGAAAAACCCUAUGAAUGUAAUCAAUGUUAUAAAGCUUUUGCAUGUCACAAAGGUCUUCAAAUGCAUCAAAGAACACAUACUGGAGAGAAACCCUAUGAAUGUAAUCAGUGUGAUAAAACCUUUGCCUACAUGAGCGCUCUUAAAAUGCAUGAAAGAACACAUACUGGAGAGAAACCCUAUAAAUGUAAUCAGUGUGGUAAAGCCUUUGCACAAUACAGUACUCUUCAAACGCAUGAAAGAACACAUACUGGAGAGAAACCCUAUGAAUGUAAUCAGUGUGAUAAAGCCUUUGCACAACACAGUCAUCUUCAAAGGCAUAAACGAACACAUACUGGAGAGAAACCAUAUGAAUGUAAUCAGUGUGGUAAAGCCUUUGCAUGUAUGAGUAAUCUUCAAAAUCAUGAGAAAAAUCAUACUGCAAAGAAAUCCUAUAAAUAUAGUCAUAGUGGUAAAGUUUUGCACUUUAUACAGGAGUAAAUCUUUUUAUGUGCAAUCAAUCUGUUAAAGCCUUUCCAUAUUACAAUAGUCUUCAGCUCUCUGAAAAAGAUACUGAGGGCAUCUUAUUAUUAUAAAGUAUUUGGUACAAUCUUUAUCCAACACACUUAUAAUCAGUUACACAGGAGUGUGUAUUCUGUAGAAAAAUAUUUGACAAUGUUAACAAUCUGUGCAAUAAUUAUGGUGUCCUUUUUUAUAUUGCUUGCACAAGCAAACUCAUGCAAAAAAUGAAUUUAUGUUUUUUAUGAAUGCUUAUGUAUAGGGUAAAAGGGCCAGCCACAGAAACACCCUGACCAUGAAAAUAAAGCCAGUGAAAGACACACUCUUUGUCCCUGAAAUCAGAUCCAAAACCAUACUCUAACCCUGAAACUAGAGUCAAAGAGACACACUUUGUCCCUGAAUCAAGAUCCAGUGAUGGAAACACCCUGACCCUGAAACCAAACCCAAAAUGUUAAGUGGUCAGUGAAAAAAAUAUACAUUUUGGACCUGAAACCAGAGCCAAAGAAACACACUCUACCCUUGACCAACUGAGCACAAAACCAACCAUUCCUUGAGCUUGAUACCAACCAAUCCCUGAGCAUUAAAUCAAGUCAAUCUUUGAGAUUGUUCAAGCCCUGUGCCUGUUCAGUUGGCAGCUACCUUUUACCAUCCUGGCAGAGGCAGUCACUUUCCUAAAUUCCUUCCUCCCAAAUAAAUAUGUUAAAUAAGUUUUGGGUGAAGACCUUUCACUGGAGCAGGUCAGAAACUCAGUAUUGCAUUGGAGCAGAAAAUCAAUGGACACCUCUGUUGGAAAACUCCCUUAAAGGAGCAAAGCAGAAGUAACAACUUUUCCCUUGAGUGAAGCAGAGAAGUAACAAUUUGGCCUGGAACUUAGAUGAAAGAGUACCAUUCUCCUUACAGCAGCAGGUAUCCAGGAUAUCUUUCCUUCCCAGCUGUAGGUAUAGCCUGACUUCCAACAGUCAGGGUUCCUUUCUCUUCAGAGCUAAAGGUAUCCAGGAGACCUUCCUUUCACAGCUGUAGGUAUGGCAUGAUUCUGAUAGUCAGAGUACCUUUCCCGCCAGAGCUUUAACACUUGCACUAUGAAACAGUAAUGUAACCCUUUUAGAGUCUAUACUUCUCUUCAAUUACAUGAAAUAACUAAUUCAGGUAUAAACUUUUAUGGAUUUGUAUUAACUCCUUUUUUUGUUGUGAUAUAACUUAUAAAUGAGUUUAAUUUGGCCCUUGGUUCCUGAAGGAUACAAGAAUAACAUGAAAGUGGCAUGGCAGUAAGUGUCAGUCAUGGCAGCUAAACUAGGAAGCUAAGAACUCAUAUCCUUAACCUGCAGCAUGAAGCAGAGAGUGGGAACUGGAAAUAGUGUAUGGAUGUAAAUUCUCAAAACCUAUCCCCAGUGACAUAUUUCCUUCAGCAGCGCAGCAUCUCCUGAAUACUCCCAAAUGAAACCACCAACUUAGAAGGAUUGAUUUCUCAGACUUCAUGCCUAAAUGUUGCUUUUUGUUACAUGAACCAAUUCAUGGUGAAGAAAACUCUUUAAGUAAGCCAUUAGAUGCUUCAACCACUUGUGUUACAAGAAUGAAUGCUUCCAAAAGAAAAUCAUUCAUGAAUAAAAAAUGGUUUGUUUUA